AUGUUUCCAGUAAAUACGGUAAACCACAUGACUUCUGCUCAGUUCAUUUAUUCUAGUCUGUUUGUAUGGAUUAGAGAAUCCGGCUCUUACUCGGGAGAAGUAAUCUUUGUGAACGUGUUUUAGUCUGUUUUUACACUUGAUCAGAGAAAGGUCAAAAAGCAAGGUAACUUUUACUAUGUCUAAUGAAGGAACAUCAGAUGGCCAAAUUGGAGAAGCUCUCUUAAUCAGGGUGGUUCAGGAUCAGAUGAACACUAUUGAAAUAGCAAAGUUCUCUCUCCCAUGCCUCCCAGAGGUUCAGCCUUUAACCAGUGUGCAGGAGCAGAAGCUUUUGGAUCAGCUGUUUCAGUCAGUAAAAAUGAUCAGUGAUCAGCUUAGUCACAAUCAUAUCAUUAAUCGCCAGAUCGAUGGUUUAGCACGUCUGGGUGAUAGGAAGAUUUUUUCAAAGCUUGUGGAGGGUGUCUUCAGUGAUGGACAGAUCAACUGGGGAAGAAUCAUUGUGCUGUACUACGCAGUAGGAAAGCUGGCUGUAAAGAUGGUACUGGCUAACUUGUCAAGAGUGUUCUCACAAAUACUGGAUUCAUGUUUGGAUUUCUUCAGGACAAAGCUUUUGGUAUGGAUUUGCAACAUGGGCGGAUGGAUCAGCAGCAUUUCAGCACUGAUUCAAUUCUCCAGUGAGCAUAUCUCUGCUUCCUCCCUCUGCACCAUCCCGCUGCCUGCUGCACUCGUCAAGGCCUUCAUCUGUGGGAUUCUGUUGGGUGGCGCCAUUGUCUGGAAACUCAACAGAAGCAGCUGAGAGAGAAAGAGAGAGAGAGAGAAAUGAGAGAAAAGAAGAAGGCUGGAAGAAAAUAUACAAGAUGCACCGUCACAAAUGAAUGCUUUUAACAGGUUUACCAGGUUUAUAAAAUGUGAUACUUCCAGAUCUUUCUAUACUUUAGUAUGUUAUAUAGUGUAUAAAUACCAAUGUUUUAUGAUGUAGUCAAAAAUGUACAAUAAAGCAUGUACUGUGUAUAUUUAUGGUGCAGUUGGUAGUUUUUGGAGCCCUCUG